AUGUCCGCCGACGCCCCCGCCGGCGAACGUCUCCAGCCUCCCCAGCACCGCAGGCCCGCGGGGCCCAGAUCCGGCCCGCCCGGGCCCGGCUCCCGCGCCCGCGCCGCCCGCGCGCUGCCGGCCGUCUCGUCUCCCCGCGUGGCCCGGCCGCCCGCCGCCGCGAGCCCCCGGCGCCCCGCGCCUCGCCCGCUCCGCCGUGCUCUGCCGCCGUCGACCACCGCACCGGACCCCGCCGCUUCCGCACGCCGACCUCACCCCACCGCCGCUCCUCGCCGCCCCGUGCCGGAUCCGGCGAGAUCCGGCCGGAGGGCCGCCCCCGCGCCCGGAUCCGCCUCUCCCCGGAGCUCCUUGCCCCGCUCCGGCCUCCCUAUGCCCUCGCCGGAGCCGGAGCUCCGUCCAGCCGUCGCCAUGGCCUCGGGCCUCCCUGCCUCCUCCAGAUCUGGACGCCGCCGUCCCGAUCCAGCCCGGACCCUCCAUCCAAACGUCGACCUGCACGACUUCGUCCCAACUGGGUGA